AUGCAGCCAGGAGACAAGGGACCAGAUCCCGAACCGUUGUCUAAAAGUGACAAACGUCACCUCAGCAAGUACGGAAAGCUGCCGCCUGAAGGCUUACUCGCCCAACAAUCCAAGGAACGGACCUACUUUGACUCCGGCGAUUUCGCUCUUUCCGCCGCUGAUCGCAUGACAGACAACGGCGCUAUUAAAACAGGCAUAGCGCAUCCCCAUCGGGAGAGCAUUUCGCAUCCCUAUGCCCCUAUCCCAGCCGCUAGUAAUGUUGACAAGGAUGCCACUGAAGAUUUGUAUAGGAAGAGUGCGGGUCCCGAAAAGAGUCCUCUCCUUCAGAAAGAAAAUAUUGAUGAUGAAGAACCCACAAAUGAGGCAGGGCAGGAGAAUCCUAUCUCUCACGAAGGUUGA